CUCUUUUAUAACUAUUAUAUCUGCAAACAAGGCGAGUACGUACGUAUCCGUUUGUGUUGGUUCCAACUUCCACCGGAAUCGGAGCACACAACAGCGUUUUCAGUGUACUCCGUCAGCCGGAGAAGACGGCUGAUGGGAAUGGAAAGGGAGAUGGUGGUGCAGCACGCCCGUCGCGCUGCCCUGUUCUUGCUCACCUGCGUUGUGUCUGCUCGAGCGGCUGCGGCCAUCCCCGAUGGCCUUCUGCCGAAUGGCAACUUCGAGGAGGCGCCGGCGACGUCGCAGCUCAACGGCACGAGGGUGAUGGGGCGCUACGCGAUCCCGCACUGGGAGAUCUCCGGGUUCGUCGAGUACAUCGGGCCCGCCCAGAAGCAGGGGGACAUGAUCCUCCCGGUGCCGGAGGGCGCCUACGCCGUGCGCCUGGGCAACGAGGCCUCCAUCCGGCAGCUGCUGAACGUGACCCGGAAGGCGUACUACUCCAUCACCUUCAGCGCGGCGCGCACCUGCGCCCAGGCCGAGCGGCUCAACGUGACGGUGGCGCCGGAGUCCGACGUGCUCCCCAUCCAGACCGUCUACACGGCCAACGGCUGGGACUCCUACUCCUGGGCCUUCAAGGCCAGGCGCAGCGCCGUGACGCUCAUCGUCCACAACCCCGGUGUCACUGAAGACGCCGCCUGCGGCCCCCUCCUCGACUCGUUUGCGAUCAAGACUCUCCAGGUUCCUCAGCGCACCAAGAAUAACAUGCUGAAGAACGGGGACUUCGAGGAGGGGCCGUACAUCUUCCCCGACACGCCGUGGGGGGUGCUGGUUCCGCCGCUGGACGAGGACGACUACUCGCCGCUCUCUCCGUGGAUGGUCCUGUCAUCGACCAAGUCCGUCAAGUACCUGGACGCGGCGCACUACGCCGUGCCGCGCGGCGCCCACGCCGUGGAACUGGUGUCCGGCUUGGAGACGGCGCUGGUGCAGGACGUGCGCACCGUGCCCGGGCGGCCCUACAGGCUCGAGUUCUCGGCCGGGGACGCCGGCAACGGGUGCGUGGGGUCGUUGGCCGUCCAGGCGUACGCGGCGCGGGGGAGCGUGAAGGUGGCGUAUCAGUCGCAGGGGAAGGGCGGGUACGAGCGCGGCGCGCUCGAGUUCACGGCGAUCGCGAACCAGACGCGGGUGGUGUUCGUCAGCAUGGCCUACACCAUGAAGAACGACGGCACUCUCUGUGGGCCCGUCGUCGACGAUGCCUCGCUCGUCGGUUUCCGCAACAAUGCGGCUCGCCGGUUGCUUCUGUGAAGGGACACUGUGGCACCAUGCAUGGCUCA